UUAUACACCAGUGUAGUAGUGUGUGUUUUCACACUUCUAAGCUGAAAGAGAACCAUUAGCCCCGCCUCUCCCCACGUUCAUCUCUCUCUCUCUCUCUCCCCCAUCUCUCUAUACAAUAUAGAUAUACAUGUAUAUACCUGUAAAUCUAACAUAUAUAUGUGUGUGUGUAUCUCCUUAAGACUAGAAAAAGCUAAGCAGAAAGCUUUACAGAAGAAAAUUGCUCUUUACUUUUCAAAAAGAGAAAGCAUAUAGGUGUGAGUGUAUGUAUACACACACAUAUAUACACAUAUAUAAUCUUCACUUAGCUGCAGAUCAAUAUCUAAACUGAAGUUUUUGGUUGUUUAUAGAAGCAAUCAAUCGCAUUCGAAUUUUCGUAUAUCGUCUCUACUCUUCUUUUGAGGCCUCAAGUUUUGUUUCUACUUCAAUUUCCGGGAAAUGUGUUCAUCGGAUCGAUUGUUUAAUCGGCAGACAACAGUUCAUCAGAUCCUUGGAGGUGGACUCGGCAGAGAACAGUUCAUCAGAUCCUUGGAGGAGGAUUUGUUGCAGAUGUGAUGCUGUGGAGGACUAAGAAUGUAACAGUGGGGAUUCUAGUGGUAACUCUUGCUGCUUGGUUAGUGUUUGAGAAAUCUGGUUACACUCUUCUAUCACUUGUCUCUAGUGUUCUUUUGCUCCUGGUUACCAUUUUUUUCCUCUGGGCCAAAUCCGCGGCUAUUCUAAACCGACCUUCUCCACCACUACCAGAUUUGUAUCUCUCAGAAGAAGCAGUAAAUGACAUAGCAGCCCUUGUCCGCGGUUACAUAAAUGCAUUGCUCUCAACCUCCAAGGAUGUUGCUCUGGGAAAGGACACAAGACUGUUUUUCAAAGUUGCUGCAUAUCUGUGUCUAAUUUCUAUCAUAGGCGGCUUGACUGAUUUCCUUACAUUGGGCUACACCAGCCUUGUUAUCGUUCUUUCAAUUCCGGCACUCUAUGAGAGGUAUGAAGAUUACAUAGAUAGAUGUAUAUUGAUGGGGUGCAGAAAACUGCAGCAGUUGUAUGUGAGGUUUGAUGUGGAGUGUCUUGCUAGGGUUCAGAAAUGGAUUUUGGAGAAGAAGAAAUUAAGCUGAGCUCUUUUUCCAUUUUUCAAGUUUGCUUGCUUUUGACAGUGUGAUGAAGUUGUGCUAAGUCCUGUUUGGCAGGAGACUCAAAUUUAUUUAUUUUAUUAUUUUCAUAAUGAUUUAUUCUUUUUUGUAUAA